AGGCCGGCACUACCAGCCGGGGGGCGCCGCGGACUCCGGCACGUUGGCGGCCGCUAGCUAGCUUGCCGCCCGCGCCCGGGCGCUGUUUACUAGCGAGGCCUGGACGUGACUCUGCAGCCCUCUUGGAGUAGGCGGACCUCGGCGCGCAGCCUCUCGGGAGCUGUAGUUCCCGGCUCCCCGCUGGAGUGGCAUUGUGGGAAUUGUAGGCGCCUCCCGACCACGCUUUCCUCGCACAAAGCUCGGCUCUUAAGGGCUGGACGGGCCAGGCAGGCCCGGUGGGAGUGCUUUCUGGCGAGGGGGCACCGGACGCCGCCCCCGGCCUCACGAGGCCGCUGCCUGCCGCAUGCAGGUCUGGGCUGUAAACUUUCCCAUCCACGCCCCUCCCCCCAGCCAUAAACCGAAAGCGUUCAGUCUCGCAGCCGGGUGGGUGCGUGGGUGGGUGAUCCUAGGUCCGAGGCCCUCCCCGGGAGCCACUUCCCAGGUCUGGCCCGGGUUGCUCCAGAUCCACCCUUCACCAAGGGUGAUGGGUGUGUGCACCACUCGCAUCCCGUUGCCCUGGACACUUGCUAAAAUGCACAUGCCGCAACUUCAGUGGCCAGAAGGGCUUGGGCAUCUGCAUUGGACAUGGCCCACGGGACAUGGCAGUAAUGCAUCUGGGACUCUCCUGUAUGCCCAAGUUUGGAACCCACAGCCCCUUUACAACCAUGCUGCUUCUGGAGCGAAAUGGCUCCCUAGGGCUGGGGCCACGUGCUCCGCCGCCCCGGGGCAGGCUGGGCGGGGAUUGAGAGAGGAGGAGCCCCGGGCGGUGUGGCCCAGACUGGUGGACAUUGACACCAAGGGCUGCAGAAAUCGCGUUUAGGGAAGAUUGCUGUGCAUGGAUAUACACACACCCCAGCUCGCCCCAGGGCUCCUCCUACCUUAACAGUUUUCAAGUUCAGGAUGGUGGGCAGCCAGGGUGGUAGCCACUCUGGGGACUGGCCCUUCCAGAAGGUCUGCCCUGAGGACCUACCUGUAAUAGCCUUGCCAACAUUCCACUGACCCCUGAGACUCAGCGGGACCAGGAGCGGCGGAUUCGGCGGGAGAUUGCCAACAGCAACGAGCGGAGACGCAUGCAGAGCAUCAACGCGGGCUUCCAGUCCCUCAAGACCCUCAUCCCCCACACAGAUGGAGAGAAGCUCAGCAAGGCAGCCAUUCUCCAGCAGACGGCAGAGUACAUCUUCUCCCUGGAGCAGGAGAAGACCAGGCUCCUGCAGCAAAACACACAGCUCAAGCGCUUUAUCCAGGAGCUGAGCGGCUCAUCCCCCAAGCGGCGGCGGGCUGAGGACAAGGACGAGGGCAUCGGGUCGCCGGACAUCUGGGAGGACGAGAAGGCGGAGGAUUUGCGCCGGGAGAUGAUCGAGCUGAGGCAGCAGCUGGACAAGGAGCGCUCGGUGCGCAUGAUGCUGGAGGAGCAGGUGCGCUCGCUGGAGGCCCACAUGUAUCCGGAAAAGCUCAAGGUGAUCGCCCAGCAGGUGCAGCUGCAGCAGCAGCAGGAGCAGGUGCGGCUGCUGCACCAGGAGAAACUAGAGCGGGAGCAGCAGCACCUGCGGACCCAGCUCCUGCCCCCUCCGGCCCCCACCCACCACCCCACAGUGAUCGUGCCCGCGCCACCCCCUCCCUCCCACCACAUCAACGUUGUCACCAUGGGCCCCUCCUCGGUCAUCAACUCUGUUUCCACGUCCCGGCAAAAUCUGGACACCAUCGUGCAGGCGAUCCAGCACAUCGAGGGCACCCAGGAAAGGCAGGAGCAGGAGGAGGAACAGCGGCGAGCGGUCAUCGUGAAGCCAGCCCGCAGCUGCCCCGAGGCCCACGCCUCUGACACCGCCUCCGAUUCAGAGGCCUCAGACAGCGACGCCAUGGACCAGAGCCGGGAGGAGCCAGCAGGGAACGGGGGGCUUCCCUGACCACCCCCCAGCCCUCCUCUCCCUUCCUGGGGCUGGAGGGGGCCGGGGGGCAGCAACAGGGAGCGACGCAGGUGAACGAGUGAGGAAUUUUUACAAAAUUAUGACGUCAUUUGGGUCUCUUUUAUGACCUCUUUUUCAAUACUGUAAAUCCACCUUUGAGCGAAGCCACCUGGCCUGAGGUCCCGGGGGGCUGGGGUGGCAGGAGCUCGUGGGAGCACCGGGACACCUGGGGCUGGGCCUCGCCCCGGAGGCUGGGGGAAGCUGACACAGCCUGGCCUCUCUCCGCCAAAAAGCAUUUUUUCAUUUCAACGUGUUUUUAAGAACAGGGAAAAUCAAACAAAACCCCAAGGUAUUCUGCCCUCCCCAGAACCAGCCUGAGACCGUCAGUUUUUGACUCUUUCCCUCCUCUUUUUGUUUUUUUCCUUUCUCCUGUAAGCACUUACAUGGGUUGGGGGUCUGGCUGGGUCAGGGCUCUCUGGGGGCCCCGGGGGUCUACAGUGCUUCUCGGUUGGGGUUUGCUGCUGCCCUUCUCCCCUCCCCUCCCGGCCUCGGCUCAGCACGAGGAUUUGCUACUCCCAAUCACCACCCAGCCCCACCUCUCCCUCCGGAUUUCCCAUCUUCUACCCCAAAAAUGUCUUUGUCUUUCUCUUUUUGUUUUGUUUGUUGUUGGUUCUUUUGGUUUUGGUUUCGUUUAUCUUUUUUGUUUCUUGUUUCUUGGUUUUUUUUUUGUUGUUGUUGUUUUGCUUUUUUGUUUUGAAAUUUUUUUUCUUACAAUUUUGAGGUCUUUGUGUUCAAGGAGAAACUAUUAUAUUUUGUUAAGAAAGUGGGGGGAAAAACCAAGAGGCCACCGUGCCUUUAUAAAGAAACAAAAUAAAGUUUGUACUUUGUUUUUUA